AUGGUCGAGGGCGUCGAUAUCCAAAGCUUCCUGCAGAACGGGUACUGGCAGAAUUCUAGGGUGAAGACCCCGGAUUCCAGGUUCUCCCCAUCAUAUUCGCACAACAACGAUAUCUCGGUGCCGAGAUCCUCGCAUUCUACUACUUACCCGCCCGAGCUCCGGCGGCAUGGCUUCAGACCACCGGCUCCCACUGUCGAGGACGAGGCCGAGUCGCUUGCGAAAGAGCACGGAUCCGUAGUCUCCUGCCCUCCCGAGGAGGAGCCCAAGCAUCCUGGGGACGUCGAUCAAUACCCUAUCCUUGAGCUCCUACACGAACACAACCCGGAGCGCCGCUUUGUACUUGUUCCGAACUCGCCUGUCUCGCCUGUGUCACCGUCAGACCAGUCGCAGGACGAAGUGAGCAAGCCGGCCAAGCCCACACAGGAGAGCAAGGAGUUACGACCCGAGAACAAGGAUACUUAUGAAGCAAACACGGGCCGGAAAUAUGUCCUGCUCAGCCCAGACGACGAUGAGUUGGGACGCAAACGCGACCGUGAGGACCGCGAGAAGCGCCCAAAUCGUGAGAGGCGGAAGAGCAAGUUAGAAGACCUGCCCGCUAUUGUUACAGAUCUUGGCCAUAAUAACCGCGACGAGCCCAAGCGAGGCGACGUCCGGCGAGCCAAAUCUGCGACUGGUGCGGAACCCGGUUCUGAGGACUACUUCUCCCCCCGCCGUAGCUCUCAGCGGCUUCGCGAGGAGUCCAUGUUGUCUCCAGAUGUGAUCAAGCACUCCACCAAGGGGCGUGACCGGGCUUAUUACGACUAUAGCGGAUCUUCAACUCCCAACCAAGGUCGCGCCAGGGCGAAUCAAGCGGAAGAUAAACGCCAGCCUAAGAAAGCCGAUGGAAAGGAAAGCAGGGCAUAUUCCUCGAGUCCUGUUGACCCGAAGAAGAGCUCCAACUUUGAUCCCCCUCGAAAUGUUCGGAGGACAUCUAAAGAAGGUCCCCCAGGCCGAGAGAAGGAUUACUAUGACAAAGGCCGCGAAUCGUCAUCCAAGCUUAGCAGGAAGAAUUCUACAUCAAACUCUCGCUCAGACCGCGAGUCCUUACGGCCGCGAUCAGCCAGCUUCAGGGGUAAACGAGAUUCACCACCGUACGAAGAUUCUCGUUAUUCCAGCGAUGAAGACACCGAUCGCCGAGGUGUGUCACGUCGUCGUGGCAAAUCCUCUGUUCGCGAGGAACGAAAAGGUUACCUCUCAACACCUGUUGAGACGAAGCCUCUAGACCGCAGAUCGAAACCAUCGACGCCGCUCGCUUCACCUCGAGCAUCGCAAGGGGACUUUCGUACUGAUCUGCCUCCGAAGGACCUGUCGCGGAGUCCCCGUAGUGCGACCUUCCCAACGUCAAUGGAUUUGCCCAAGACCGAGCCAAGACAGCCUGCUGCAGCGGAAGAUUCACCCACACGGCCGCUGUCCCGUGCGUCCACUGCGAGAUCUACACUGAAUUCAGCAGCUUCCUUGGCUUUACCCGUGAUUACAGCGACGGCUGCUUCAGCUGCGCAGGACACGGGCACUCCUGUCGAUAGGCGACCAGCUGGUGUACCCCCUCCCCCAAAGGGUGCCAGAGCCAUGCCUGAGCCGCGUGGAGAUUCCCGUUCUUCGGUACCGACCCCCGUGUCGAGUCCUCCCAAGCAAUCAUGGCAGCCUCCCAAAUUUGAUCCCUCCAAGGAUAGCACUCAACUAGAGCAGCCAGUUACGUCGUACAGGCGGUAUUCAGAAAGCCGUAAUAUCGGGGAUGCAUCUGAGCUCGCCGAUUGCCCCAGAAUGAAGCCAGAAGCUGGCCACGUCGAUUGGCUGACAUUAUUCAAGACCAACUUUAGCAUCUGCCCGACAUGCUAUCAAUCAGCCUUUGGAAACUCACAAUUCAGGAACGACUUCGUACCGGCGCCCCUGAGGCCACUUGACAGGCCUUUCAAGUGCGACUUUGGUACUUCACUCUGGUGUCAUAUCGCAUGGCUCCUGACACAGAAAUACAACAAGCCGGACCUACGUUUAUUUCAUGGCCUUGUCAACGUGACAGCGUCCCACCAACCAUGCAGCGGGCUUCAGCCUGCAUACCGGAUCUGGUAUACGAUCAAGGAUCCGGUUACGCAGCGCCCUGUCCGCAACUUUAAUAUCUGUCAUCACUGCGCUAAAAGCAUCGAAGUCCUGCUGCCCAACCUUUCUGGUGCAUUUGUCCCCAUGGAUUCGCCAGCGGAACCUACGAAGGGCACGUGUAGUAUGCAUCAACACGGGUUCGGAGGCGUGCGGAGAAGAUUCGUCCUGUUCUUCGACCAGCUGGAGGCCACAUCCGAUGUGGCGCUGGCAACCAGCUGUGCUCCAGAUAUACGCCUACUGGCAGACCGAGUGCGUGAGAUUGCAAUAACAGAUGAAUGCUACGGCAGCCAACCUGUCGCAAACCGUAGAUGGCAUACAAUGCGGUCCGUGCCCGACUUCACCGUGUGCGAAGAGUGCUUCAACGAGGUAAUCUGGCCAGAGAUCGAACGCGAUUCAUCGGGAAUCCAAGCAGAUUUCUACAAGAAUCCUCAGAAGAUACCGGUAGCUGCCUGCCAGCUCUAUUCCGACCGUAUGCGAAGCGUUUUCCACAAAGCAGUGGAGAACGACGAUUUGGAUCUCUUCAGGUCCAGAAUUAGAAGGCGGCAGCAAAAGGAGCGGGAGUUUCAUUCGAAGGUUCGGGGCCUGGAUGUCAACGCUCUAGGCAAAGAAUGGGUUGAGGAAGAGAUAGAGCGACUUAAGAAGGAGUGGAGUAGAUAUGAAUAG